AUGGCACGAUGGGCAGGUCACAGGCAAAAGUCUCGUCUUCAGGUUUUUUUUGGAAGUUUUGAGAAAAAAAAAGCUGGAAAAUCAGCGGCAGGUGCGUUCUGGCGAACAGAUCGGCUUUUAAAAAAUGAGAAAAACUUUCUCGACAAUUUUCAGCCGGCGGUUUUUUUCCAGCUUUAGGUUCCGUGUGAGUCGCAGGCUGAUUUAUUGCGCUAUAAAUCUAGCACCCGACCCAAAGCGACUUACGCGAAGUUAUAUCGACAAAAAAGUAUAUCAAAAGCCGCUAGAACACGAUUAAAUUUCAACCCCAAUGCAACCGCGGCGCUUUGAGCCAUUCCACAUGCGACCACAGCCUUUUUUGAAUACUAAUAUUUAUUUCAUCCUUGUAGAGGCUAGUGACAAAUUUCAAUAUCCAUAAGAUUUAUUCAGAAACUGGUGUUAUUCCUGGUCAGCGGCUACUUAUUCAUCGUUUGGAAUCGCGAAGGCGCUAGCAAAUAUAUGCUCGAAGUUCCGGCAAAUGAUGGAUUUCAUGUUGUUCGUUUUUAUUCUGAGGAAGGUCAAAAAUUGACUUUUUUCUCAGAUUCCCGACUAUUCGAAUCCGAGAAACGGUCCUGGCGAAAAUGGACUCGGCGUCGUUUUGAGCGGCGAAGAGAAGAAAAUUGGAGAAGAUCAGAUGAAGACGAUGUUCAUGAACGUGGUGGCUAGGUUAGAUUGGGGAAAUAUUGAUUUUCCAUGGGAAACUGAGAAAGGUUUCUAGGAAAAUUGAUUGAUAGAGAAAAUAAUGAGAAGAGAAAUCAUAAAAAAUUAAUUAGAAAAUUAAACUUCUAGAAAUUAUUUCAAUGGACUUUGUCCAGACCUAAAAUGUAUUACUAAUAGUACCAAGGUAAUGAAAAAUUCGUGAGUUUCCUCGAUCCAUCUUGAAAAUAUGAGAGCAUUUAGAAGCCACAUCGAUCGAAAUAUGACCUCCGAAAUAGUAAUUAGAAAUUUAUUUACCAAAUCCAGGUUCACUUUCUGAGAAAACUUGUGUCAAUUAAACCUUUUUUACGUCUCUUCCUGGAGUUUGAGCCUUUGAAACCUCCUAACUCAUAACUUUCAAGAGCUUGAAAAGUGUAUUUUUCUAGAAAUUCUCAGAAAAAUCUCGAAUUUGCCGGGUUUUUUAAGGUUUUUUUUUACCUCUAAAGCUUCUCGUCGCGGAAAACUUGGUAUAGCUGAUUCACGGCUGGCCUGAGCCAUCGCGAAAAGGGUCCCGCCACGAAAAGAGACGAGACAGUGCCCUGGUUGGUGGAGAGUACAGACAGGCCACGCCUUUUUGCGUCCCAAGCUAGCCGUGAAUCGUCUAUAAAUUCCAAGAUAAAAACCUACCAAACCAAACCUUUUUACAUUGGGUCCAAAAGUUUUUAGAGCACUCUUGGACCCACUGUAAAAAGGCAUUUUCUAGAAAUUUUGAACAUUUUUUUUUUCUCGAACAGGCAAAUUUUCCUCCUUUCACUCAUGGCGUCAAAAAGCACCAUUUUCAGUGUCCUCAAAUGAAUUUACACCAGAAAACUUUUUUCAGCGACAAAAUCUCACCGGAUCGAAGUAUACCAGACUCAAGAUCUCGGGAAUGCCGGAAUAUAGAGUCAAGUUACCCCAAAAAUCUGCCAACUGCCUCGGUUGUCAUUAUUUUCACAGACGAAUUUUUCUCAGGUUCUUUAAUCGUCGAAAGUUCGAAAAUUUAUAAAUUUAGCUUUGACGCGAACGGUUCAUUCGGUUGUUAAUCGAACUCCUCAACAUUUGUUGUACGAAGUGAUUUUGGUUGAUGAUAACAGUCAAAGAGGUGAAUUUUUCCUUAUUUUUUAAAUUUCUUAUGUCGUGUUCAACGUAAUUUCCGCGAAAUGCAAAACUUUCUUUGACUCUCCAAACUCUCCAAAAUAUAGUUGUAGUUUUCUUUCUCUAACGGGUAUUUUGCAUUUCGCAGAAUCACGAUGAUUUUUUGCGACCAAAAACUUUAAUACCCCUUUGGACCCCUACAGGGACUCCUACGACACUUUUUGAUGCCCCCUAUAGGAGGAGCGUAGGUUUCUCUAUAGGGGUCCCUCAUAGGGGCCCCAUGAACCCUCUAUAGGGACACCUCAAAAGCGUCUCACUGUAUAAACAAAAUUUACAGAAGAACUCGGGAGCAAAUUAUCCGAACAUUUGAAACGAUUUGGAUCUUUGGUCCGGCUGAUCAGGUCAAAGGAGCGACUUGGUCUGAUUCGAGCCAAAAUUUUAGGUCCACAAUUUUUUUAUUAUAUUUCAAUUUCUAGAUGAUGUGAUGUUGAGAAGCUUUUCCUUGUGAUCCAGACGGGGAAAAGCUUUAGGAAUUUUGAAAAGUUGCGAAAAUUUUUCAGAUUCUCUCCCUUUUUUAAAAAAUUUGGUUGAAAUAAAAUUUUCGAACCGUAAAAAAAUCUUAAAAAAGCAACUAAUCAAUAUUGACUUUUUUCUAGAAAGAAAAAAAACAUCGUCUGACAUUUUUUAGCAGUUUGGUUUUAUUCCAUUAUACAGUAAUAGGAGCUGUCCUAUUGAAAUAAUUAAGUAUUGGGAAAAAAUCCUAGUGAGCACUUAAGAGGUUUUUCAAGGAAUAGUUGGAGAGGCCACUUAAGUGACCACUGAAACCAUCUCAAUAGAAGCUACUAUUUUGCGUAUUAGUGGCCACUAUAGUAGUUUUUAAUGAUCUAGUAGUAGUAGUAUCACUUAGUUCGAAUUUUAAAGAGGCCAUUAAUUUUUAGCUACUUAGGUGACCACUAGAGCUUCAGAACCCUAUAGUCCCCACUGAAAUUUUCCCGGUAAUUCAAAUUGAAAAUCCCAUUUCUUACAAGGAAAGUAAUUCUUAUUUGCGGUUGGGAUUUUCUUGAAAAUGGACCAGGACACUUCUGGAUAUACUAGGUGAAUAUGAAGAAAAUUUAAACCUGCUCAACUUUCUAGUUUUUGAAUUAUGAGCAAUCAACGUACCAAAAUGGCCUGUUUUAACGGAUUUCGAGUGUUUUCGUUGACUUUGAGCCCUCCUUUCUGAGAAACUAAUAAGUUGUGCAGGUUGGGAUUUUCAAGCUCACCAUCUGGUAGGUCAAAAAGUGUUCUGACAAAUUUUCAUAAAACUCCCUACCGUAAAGUAAAAUGACCUCUUUUGUUAAACAGAAAAUUGAGUUAAGGAGCAAAAGCUGCCCGUGGCGAAGUUUUGGUGUUCUUGGACUCACACUGCGAAGCCAACACUGGAUGGUAUUCCAAAAAGCAAAAAAAAUCUGAUUUUUCUGAGGAUAUGUUUCAGGAUUGAACCUCUUUUGGCACGGAUCCAAGAAGAGCGGACGGCUGUAGUUUGUCCAGUGAUCGACGCGAUUUCCGAUGGGAAUAUGGCCUAUUUGGGCGGUUCUCACGGAGGAAUCGGCACUUUUUGGUGGUCCCUACACUAUAGUAUGGGCUCGCUGCCGAAAUCGGAAAUCGAAAGGAGGAAAAAUCCGGCCACCGACUAUAUUCGGUUGGUUUUUUUGGUUCUUGAAAAAAAAAACAAGGCGAAAAAACACGAUUCUCGACUCUCAAGCUAGUUGAAAAGUAACAAAUUUGAUAAAUUUCAUUUCGUGGUCAAGAAAAACGAUGUGAUUUCGGAAAAGCAGACCAACUCGAAAAUUGAAAUCUUUUCGAGCACAUUUUGGUGCUCUUAGACACAAGUAGUUCCGGGUCGGUUGCGCCUCCAAUUUUUAAGCUUUGAACCAUUCCACAACUUUCACUAUUCUCUAAUUAAUAAAAGCAAAAGAAAAUUUUGAAAUAAAACUUGAAUGAAUCAGAGAAGUGAUCUUCAGAAAAUUUUUAUAAUUCCAUUUAUUUCUUCAAGGUCUCCAACCAUGGCCGGAGGACUUUUCGCGGCCAAUCGAGAAUAUUUCUUCGAAGUCGGCGGAUAUGACGAGGAGAUGGACAUCUGGGGCGGCGAGAACUUGGAAAUUUCGUUCAGAGUUUGCUCAAAAUUAACGAUAUAUACUCAAACUUGUAGUUUUAGGUUUGGAUGUGUGGAGGCUCGAUAGAAAUAAUUCCUUGUUCUCAUGUCGGCCAUAUUUAUCGGAACGGACAUCCUUAUGACAUGACCGGUAGGUUCAAAAAAAAAUUGCAGGGAAACAAUUGAGAAAAAAAAUGAAAUUUUUUUAUAUAGCUGAUUAACGGCUGGCUUGAGCCAUCGAGAAGGGUCCUGCCACGAAAAGAGACGAGGCAGUGUCCUGGUUAGUGGAGAGUGCAGACAGGCCACGCCUUUUUGCGUCUCAAGCUAGCCGUGAAUCGUCUAUAUGAAGUUUCCCACAGUUGGUAAUUCUCUAACCUUUCUGCGUCUCUUAUCCCUCAACGGCGAGGUCGUAGAGACUUGAAAAUAGCAAGUAACUCAGAGAGAGAGAGAGUCAGACAAACCGCUUCAUUUUCUGAAAAACGAAGUUUAGUCAGCCUUUAGCUGCACCCGACCUCAUCUGACUUGCUAAAAGAUGCCGAUAAGCGCAAGUAGGUUUCUGUCGGUCGCGCUUAGUCAGUAACACGCGCUGGGCCGUUCAAUUGAAAUCCGUGAUCUUGAAAAUUAUAAAAUCCUAUUCAUGGGUAGCUUAAGUGGCAAACCUCAACCAACCGAGUUCUGUAUCUUUUAUUAUCGUGUCAGGACCCUUUUUUGAUAACUCCAGCCAGCCGCACUUCAGCUAGAGACUGCAUUCAGGACGAAACAACAAUAAAGACGUCCAUGGAACGAAUUCGAAAAGGUUGGCUGACGUUUGGAUGGACGACUACAAAAGACUGUUUUACGUUCAUAGAAUGGGCUUGGUGGUGAGUUCGGAGGUCAAAAAGUUCUCGAGGGAAUUCUUAGGACACUGAUGUCGGAGAUCUGAGUGGAAGGAAGGCGUUGCGCGAGAAGCUCGGCUGCAAAUCUUUCAAUUGGUUUCUGAAGAAUGUCAUUCCGGAUAAGGUAAUAAAAAAUUCGGCUGAACUGAACCGGUCCUGAGGCCUUAUCAAUUUUUGAGUUUUUGUAUUUGAUUUGGAGGUUAUAUGAUAGUAAUUUUCAUUGAUACGAAGUUUCUGAUUACUUGACCCACGAUUCAAAACCUUUUAAAAAAAUUUUGAGACAGACUUAGGAACCAGCGCUGUCCCUAUAAAGGCAGCCUUAGAGUUAGGGUAGGAGAAAGUAGAGUCCUUGGUGUAUCCCCUCCAGGGACCACUUGACCUCCCCUGGAGGCUCCACUGAAGCUUGCAAGUGGCCUCUAGAUGGAUUUUAGUUAUUGGUCCGUAUAGGUGACAUUCCCUCGGUUAUUUUUAUUUAAUUCAGCCCUAUAAGGAGAAUUUUUUGUCCCCUACAGACGCUGUUUUUUUCCAUAAGAAUUUUUUUCAGUUCAUCCCGGACGAAGACGUUCUGGCCUAUGGACAUGUGGAAGGGCAGAAUUCCAUGUGCCUUGACACGCUUCAAAGAUUAGAGAAUAAAGUGAAUUUUUAUUCUUCUCAAUCUUGGUUGCAUUUGGAAUGUAUCGAUAAUCAAUAAUAUUUGAUUAGUGAAAUCGGAAAAAUCUCGUUUCUUUUUACGAAAAAAAAAAAUCAAUUUCUUCAGGGCCCCAUAAUUCUUGGGAUUUACAACUGUCAACGACCAAGCAGCUCCGCGCAGGUUCUUUAAUUCAAAGAAAAAAAAUCUAUUCCGAAUAAUUAAGAUGUUCUCAAUAUCGAAAGAAAACGAGCUCCGUCGAGAAGAGACUUGUGUUGACGUGGGAAUUGAGACAAAAGAUGGAGUCCGUCCGGCGAAAGUCGUUCAGUGCAAACGGAACGAUUUUGUCGAGUUUGAGCAUGAGGUGAGAAAAUAAUCAAUAAAAAAUCAACUCAAAAAAACUUCAGAAAGGAAAAUUCCUGAAACAUAAGAAAACGGGACUCUGUCUCGAUAUGGGUGGCGUCAGCGCCGGCGGCGAUAUUUAUUUCCAAAAGUUUGUCCAUCCUAAAAAUUUCUCAUUUUUAAGAAUUUUCUUCAGAUGCGACGAGAACCGGCCUAGCCAGAAUUGGAUCAUCGACAAAUAUUUUACAUAA